UUGUCGAUGUGAGAGUUGUUUUUGUGUUCGAUAUUUUGAGCAAUAUUGUUGUGCAGAAAUCUUUUUCGAGAGACUUGUAUGGUGUGAAACCUUGUUAAGAUUUAGUUAAUUUUCUCCCUUCGAGUUAUUGCGGCCAAUGAGUUCUCACGGCAUGUUGAAGGUAUGAACGUGCCAUAAAUGCCAGUGACCAAAAAGAGACUCCCUGUGUCCGUGAUUUAACUAAUUGGAGCUACACUAUCAACCAUGAAGAUUUCCCAUGAAAUAAGCCUUAAGAUCAGGUAUCUGUGGAGAACAGGACACUGUUUCUCUGACAUCAAGACAUUCUUGUCAGAGUCAGGUAUUCAUGUCUCUGACAACACGAUUAGACGACAUUGUCAUUCUCGUCGUUUGACUCCUCCAAUCAAAGCACCAAAUGCAUUAAAAGUGACCAGUUCUGUUCUUCAAUGCCUUGAAGAAAUUCUGCAUGAGGAUGUUAAACGGACUGCUAAACAGAUUCAGAAAGAGCUCCAGACCCGACUGCAAUUAAAAAUAUCAAUUCAAACCGUUAGAAGGGCGAUAAAGAAACUUCGCAAUUCUAGAGAAGGAGUUAAAGACAAAAGACAGACUGCAGAGGAGUUGAGGCCUGAGCUGUUGAAGCGUAGCGCAGAGAUUGAGACGCUGAAACAGCAGCUGAGUGUUUGCAAGGCGGCACAUGUUAAAGAGAUGGAGGCCCUUAGGUGUGAGUUGCAUGUCUGCAAAGAGGCAACUGCAGUUGCCAAGGCAGCAUUUGUUGAUCUGCAAGCCACCCACAAAGGAUUCAUUGAGACCCACUCCGCUGUUAUGACUCAACUAAGAGAGGUGCAGACAGUGGUGACAGGAGCUCUUUCAAACUGUGCACACACCCUAACCCCAGACUGUUCUACUCCGACCAGGUGUACUGCUAGUGGUGAUGCAGAGAGCACUAAAAUAGUGUCUUCUCCAACAACAUCCAUUACAAGCUGCCAUCCCGAACUUCAGUUUAUUCCUCCCACUUCUGAGCUUCUUGAGUCACUCACGAUUCAGAGUCGGGGGCGGCCGGAUCGGCUUGGUUGCCUGCUGUUCCGCACUGUGGUACCGCAGGCCGUCUAUAAAGAAUGGACAACCACAAGAAACUGGGAUGGUUCCAAACGCAAAUGUGAACUUCCCCCAAACUUAAAGAACUUUUUAAUGGAGACAGUUGCCCAGAAGUUUCCCUUCUUGACUAGCGGUGACAUCAGGCGGAUCAAGGACAGAGUGAAUGAAUUUUUACGCUCACCAAGGUCUACUGUUACACUUCGAUGUCUACAAGAUUAAAUAUAGUUUGUGUCUCUGUUUUAUAUUAUUUUUUUUGUUUCUAAAACUUUUUUAUAUAAUCGGUUCCAUUUUUAUUGAUUUUUUAUAUAAUCUUUUAUAAUUUGUAGUUUAAUAUUUAAUUUAUUCUAAUUUUCUAUUCUGGAAGUUUGCUCGUUUAGUUAUUUCUAUAUUAAAGUUUGAUGUGUUUUAACUGUAACACAUUUCAUUCUUGUUUUUUCACAAGCCCUUGUGCUGCCAUUUGUGUGUUUUUGUGCUUAAAAAUAUAUAUAUAAAUAAAUAAACGGAUACAAACAGAGGCUAUGUAACAGUUAAUUCUUUGUACAAAUAAAAUUGUCAGCUAGUGAACUUGAUCUUGUCUAAACAACAUAUUUGUUUUUCUUCACUUACAAUAAACUAAUAAUACAUUUAGCACAUUUUUCUUCAUGUGUUGAUUCAGAAUAGAAUGUGGAGGGUGUCUAAUGCAUUUAUGUGAUUUAAAUUAAAAGUUAUAUGGAUAUGGAGCUUUACUUGACUUUUUUCAACGCACUGCUAUUAUUUUGAACACCACUGUAAUAUACACCAAUACAAUUCUAUACAGUAAGAUUGACCUAACCUCUCCUCAUGUAAGAAUCACCUCUUUAUAAUUCUCACCUAAUCUGUUCCACAGUUUCACUCCACAGACAGAUUUACAAAAGGAUACGGAUACUAUGAACUUUUAAAGUUCACUUGUCUUUUAAAUUAUAACCCUCUUCUCUCUCCGAGAAUAUUUUCUGUAUAUUUUCAGGUAACAGGUUAUUCCUAGCUAUAUACAUAGUUAAUGCAGUUCUGAAUUUAGCAAAUUAAUAUUGAAAUUUCUAUAGAUAAACUAUGUUUUGAUUUGUUAUUUCUUCCUUUCACUCCCUAAAAGUAUUUAUGUUGGAACCUGGUGUUCUGUAUGCGCA